CUCCCCGCCGCCGCCGCCGAUCCGCGGCCGCCGCCCCGCUCCGAUCCGCCCCGCGCCGCACGGAUCGCCGCGCCAUGGACCAGUACGAGAAGGUGGAGAAGAUCGGGGAGGGCACGUACGGGGUGGUGUACAAGGCCAAGGACCGCUACACCAACGAGACGAUCGCGCUCAAGAAGAUCCGGCUGGAGCAGGAGGACGAGGGCGUCCCCUCCACCGCCAUCCGCGAGAUCUCCCUCCUCAAGGAGAUGCAGCACCGGAACAUCGUCAGGCUGCAGGACGUGGUGCACAACGAGAAGUGCAUAUACCUCGUCUUCGAGUACCUCGACCUCGACCUCAAGAAGCACAUGGACUCCUCCGCGGACUUCAAGAACCACCACAUAGUCAAGUCCUUCCUCUACCAGAUCCUGCGCGGCAUCGCCUACUGCCACUCGCACCGCGUGCUUCACAGGGAUCUCAAGCCCCAGAACCUGCUGAUUGAUCGCCGCACCAAUUCAUUGAAGCUUGCUGACUUCGGGUUGGCCAGGGCGUUCGGCAUUCCUGUCCGGACAUUUACUCACGAGGUGGUGACAUUAUGGUACAGAGCACCAGAAAUUCUUCUGGGUGCAAGGCAGUAUUCUACCCCUGUUGAUGUGUGGUCGGUUGGUUGCAUUUUCGCCGAAAUGGUGAAUCAGAAACCCCUAUUUCCUGGUGAUUCUGAGAUUGAUGAACUCUUCAAGAUUUUCAGAAUUAUGGGCACUCCUAAUGAAGAAACCUGGCCAGGUGUUUCUUCGUUACCUGACUACAAAUCAGCUUUCCCCAAGUGGCCGUCCGUGGAUCUCGCAACUGUGGUUCCAACACUCGAACCUUUGGGACUUGAUCUUCUCUCU